AUCACGUGAUACAGCGCAGCGUACAGCGAAAGCGCUCGUCUACUGAAAAGUUGUUGCAUUUUCGCGCAAAGCAGGAGUGCUUGACACUUCCGGAGGCUGGAUGUGAAGCUUCAACAUGACUGCCGAAUGUAAAUGCUUCUGCUAAAGCGUGUUUAUGGACUGGACUGAUCCGGGAAAAUGCCACUGAAGAGAGAAUGUUUGGUUCUGCUCGUCUUGUCGUGGGUCGGUUCACUGCGCGCUCAGGAUGAGAACCGUGUGGUGUUUUCCCUGGGAACUUUCCAGAAUGUGAGCAUCCCAGUGAACGGAACGGUUCAGGCUGUCGUUUCCCGGAUUCCUGCGGAUGUUUCCUUCAUAACACUGCAGUUUCACACACAGCACCGCAAUGUGACACUUUCAUACUUACAGGAACCGCUUUUUGGUUUCUUUGUCACGGCAGAAGAUGCUGGAUUAUUGUCCACGCUGAUCCCCAGUCAGUUCAGCAUCUCCUGGUUCCUGAACACCCCCGACGGCAGCAGCGCAGCAGCGAUUGGUGUAAUUCUGCCCUACACCAGCACUGAUCCUGUUCCCGGAGCAUGCAAUCAGGAAUUCCCAAUGGAGAUCGAUCCUAAUAUAUACUUGAAAUACAACCUGUUUGAGACCACGAUUACCUUUGCUCCUGCUAACCUCGGAUAUGGAAGAGGGGAGAUUCCUCCAGCGUGUGACGUGCAGACAGACUCCAGCACUCGUUGGCGGCUGGUUUAUGAAGUGUAUCAGUUCUUCCUGCCUGAAGGCGACCAAUCAGAGCAGAGUCUGAUCAGCAGCAUGGAGAGAGUGGCCAAUGUGCAGAACGUGCAGGACAACAGCAGAAAAGUGGUGUCUUUAUCCUCUCAAGAGAAGACGCAGUUCUCCUUCAUGUCUCUGCCUGGUCAGGGUGUGAUUUUCUCAGUGAUUGUUCGAGAUCCAGUGCUGAACACUUCAGCCUCCUACAUCCCGGUCCACACAUACGCCUGCAGCUUCAACUCUACACUGGAUGGGUGUCAAGAUCUGGACAAAGUCUCCACGAAAGUGUUUUUCACUGUGCUGGGUUUGGCUGGGCUGUUUGUGUGUUUUGUGGGUCAUCGCUUCUUCAAAUGUGAGCUGUUCGGUAUGGGAUUUGGAUUUAUGGCGUUUCUCUUCUUUGUCCUGAUCACCAGAACCACAACGCUGGAUUACAACAUUCGAUUGGCUCUGACAGCACUGAUGGGGGUGGUCGGGGGCGUGGUCUUGGUGAUGAGCUGGUGGCGGUUCGGUUCAGUCUUGGCCUGUGUGUUAGUGGUUGGACUCAUUCUUGGAUUUCUCAUCUCGUCCGUCGUCUUUUUCACUCCACUUGGUGAUCUUCCGGUCUUCCACAAUGAUGUGGUCUUCUGGGUGGUGUUUGUUUGCAUUAUAGUGGUUGUUCCUUUGUUCUUCAUCAGGUGGCCCAGAGAGGGUAAUAUUAUGACAUGUGGUGUGGUGGGUGCGUAUACUGUUGUCCUGGCAGUCAAUGCCUACACCUACACCAGUCUGUCCUACAUCACGCUGGACGUCCUGAAGCGCUUUCUCAACCACAACUUCAGCCGUGCGUUUAUUUCUGUCCCGCUGCAGGAUAUCGAUUUCGUGAUGAUCACGGUGUGGGUGGUUCUGGGGGUUUCGGGGAUCAUUGUGCAGCUCUAUCGAGAAAAGUCUCGCCCAUUUUUCCCACCAAGCCCGUAUGUGUUGUGGAGGCAGGAGCGAGAACGCCGGAAAACCAACGUUCUGGAUCCCAGCUACCACAAACCAUCAUUACCAGCCCAAAUAAUGGGACGUAUCCGUCAACUUACACGCCGUGCAGAACCGGCCGGAGAAACCACACCGCUCCUGCUUUAACAUUUGACUCUAUAUGAAGAGUUUAGAUGCAGAAACCUCGAGAUUUUCUGCUAAUAUGAGCAUUUUCUCCAUCUCUUGUGUUUAGGCUCGGUCAUUUUACUCUUAUAGUGAUGGAUAAGUUCAUUGCCUUUCAAUGAAAUAACAUAGAAAUGCUCAUUUUAAAAGAACAUUUCAGAGAUUUUUGCGUCUGAACUCUUCAUAUACAAGUCUGUAGUGUGAAAUAUGAGGACUGAGCUCGAUUUUAUAGAGCCUGGAGACUCGGACACGGCAAUGAGAAAGGUUGCAAAACUCAAACACACACACAACACUAAUGAUAAUGUGCACUGGUGUGUGUUUUGUGUGUUUUUUUCCCAGUGCUUGAUCACAUUUAGUCUCAUUAAAGGGGUAGUUCACGCAAAAAUGAACAUUCUGCCAUCAUUUACCCUCCCUUUAUUUGCUCUAAAGUUCUUCUGUUGAGCUCAAACGAAGAUAUCUUGAAGAAUGCUGCAAACCUGUACUUGACUUGCUUAGUUGUUUCUGCUAUGGAAAGGUCAAUGGUUACAGGUUUUAAACAUUCUUCAAAAUAUCUACUUUUUGUGUUUACCACUUAAGGGAGAGUAAAUAGUAAGGAAAUAAAAUAUUUCUGGGUGAACUAUCCCUUUAAUCAGAACUUGAGCACAUUGCUGAACUCACGUUUAGUCUCAUUUAGGGGUUAGUUCACGCAGAAAUGAACAUUCUGCUAUCAUUUACUCUGGUAAAGCAGUUUGAGUUUCUUCUGUUGAGCUCAAACGAAGAUAUCUUGAAGAAUGCUGCAAACCUGUACUUGACUUGCUUAGCUGUUUCGGCUAUGGAAAAGCCAAUGGUUACAGGUUUUUAGCAUUCUUCAAAUAAUCUACUUUUUGUGUUUACCACUUAAGGGAGAGUAAAUAGUGAGGAAAUAAAAUAUUUCUGGGUGAACUAUCCCUUUAAUCAGAACUUGAGCACAUUGCUGAACUCACGUUUAGUCUCAUUUAGGGGUUAGUUCACGCAGAAAUGAACAUUCUGCCAUCAUUUACUCUUGUAAAGCAGUUUGAGUUUCUUCUGUUGAACUCAAAAGAAGAUAUUUUGAAGAAUGUUUGAAGAAACCUGUAGUUUUUCCUUCUAUGGAAGUCAAUGGUUACAGGUUUUCUAACACCCUUCAAAAGAUUUACUUUUGUGUUUACCACUUAAAAGAGAGUCAAUAGUUCUUCUUUUUUGGGUGAACGAUCCACUUGAAGCUACUGACCUCCAGCAUAUUUAGCAUAAACCUGAUUUUAGAUGCAUUUUAGCAUGUUUUGAGAGACGAUAGACAUGGUAGACGUGCCACUUUUUUAAAACUGUUUUGUCCUAUUUUUAAUUGCAUCUGGUUAAUAUAACCGCACCACCAUGUGCCUGUCAGAGUGAGUUUGUUUUUAAAGACACCCAGUUUACCAUUGAAAUGAAUGUAUAACACACUGCCACUGCAGACCGAAUGAACCAGUGUUCAUUAAUAGCCACUGUAAGCCUCUACGGCUGAUUUAUGUGUGUUUUACCUACGACGAAGCGAUUAAUUAUUUCCAGAUGAUGGAAGUAAUGAGCUUAUUUUGACUGCGUUCCUGUGGGGAUGUGAUUGCUGCUUCACUUCAUUUGUGUAAAGCACUUGUUAAUGCGGAUUUUAAAUGUAACAUUGAGUUAAUAAAUGCUUUAUAAAUGGACAUGUAGCUCUUAUUGAGACGCAAAGCUUACAGACCGCAGCUCUGUGAACUUACGGUCAACUUCUGAUCUCCUCUCAGGGUUUCUUCUUGUGAUUUGUCUUUUUUUUUUUUUUGUAUCUCUCACAGAAGCAAACUUCUUACUUGUGUUGUAAAGCAUUUAAAACGUGCUUUACUGUCUAUGAUGUUUUUAAACGGUAGCCGCGUGUAUUAUUAUGUCUGUUUUGUAUAAAAUUAAAUGCUUAAUAAAGUUGUAAUUCGUGCCACAACACCUAAA